GAUUUCUGGUCAUGCCCAGAUCUCUGCUCUCUGCCUUAAACUCCUAAGCCAGCACAAUUUUCUGGGAGGGAUGAGGAAUGGGAUGGUGAAGGCAGACAGGUGCUUCAUCAGAAAUUUGCAGAAGGGAAUUUCAGGAAUAAUUUCUGGUGCAUCUCCGGAAGAUGCCACCCUCCAUCCCCGAGGCAGACAGGAGGCACAGAGCCUCAGCAGCAUUCUCUCUGAGUUUCCUCUCUUUAAUCUUCUCCAUCACAGCUUUCAGCAGCAGUUACUGGUGCGAGGGGACCAGGAAAGUGGCCAAGCCUUUCUGCAAAGGGGACAGCAAAGGGGAUCUGUGCAUCCGCUUCAACAGCGCCGACGGCAACGGCAGCCAGGCUGUGCAGUACAUCUGGGAGACCGGCGAUGACAAAUUCGUGGAGAAGAAGUUCCACGCUGGCAUCUGGUACUCCUGUGAGGAAAUGAUCAAUGAGGAAGGUGAGAAAUGUAGAAGCUUCAUCAGUCUGACUCCAGCUUCUGAUCGAGGGGUUUUAUGGCUGUCUAUUGUAGCAGAGCUUCUCUACGUGGUUUUGCUCCUGAUUGGAAACAUUCUGAUGUCAGUAGAAAUCUGCUACUACAGCUCUGUCAUUGAUGGGCUGAAGAUCAACGCCUUCUCUGCAGUGGUCACCGUGCUAGCAGGUCUUCUGGGCAUGGUUGCUCACAUGAUGUACACAACUGUGUUUCAAAUGACUGUAAAUCUUGGUCCUGAAGACUGGAGACCUCACACUUGGGAUUAUGGCUGGUCCUACGGCCUUGCAUGGACCUCCUUCGCUUGCUGUAUGGCAGCAGCUGUCACCACUAUUAACAAAUACACAAAAACUAUCUUGGAAUUCAAGCACAAAAGGAAAAAGCUGGAAAGGAGCUUCAGGAUUCAGUACAAGUUUCCUGAGUACACAGCUCCAGAGAAGGUUUGCAAUGUGUAUGUGAACUCUUUCCAGAACACCACAGAUGACCCCGCACAUGCAUUGAGAAGUCUGCGUCACCUGGCCACUAUUUCAGUCCUGUAAAGCUGAACCAGAUCUCAGAGAAUUCUGUAAAUUAUAAUCCUAGAUCCAAACAAAACGGUGUUCAUGAAUAAAAUGUCUCAAUGUGUAGUAUUAUUUUUCUUAAUAAAGAAAUUAUA